CUGCCGGCCCUGGGGGCGGGACCGCGCGGCGGCGAGCGGGGCGGGGGGCUCGUGGAGCGCGCGCCCCGCACCCGAGGGCUGCGGAGAGAUAUUUUGGGUGGCAGGAGGCCCCUCGUCAUUUCCGCCGGGCGGCUCGUCGUGCCGGGGGCUCCACUCCCGCGCGCCAGGCGAGCGAGCGGGGCAAGUUGGCUGCGGCCGUCCGCCGGCGCCUCUUCCUUUCCCCGCCGCGACCCUCGGCGGCUCGAGCCAUGAACUGAAGCCCCCUCGGGACGCUCACCCCGGGCUGAGCCGCGGACGCUGCAGCUGCGGCUGCUGCCUGGGCUGGGACCGAGCCGAUCCUGGGCGUCUCACCCCGGCCGGCCGGCUGGCCGUCGCCGCUCCCACCGCAGCCACCUCCGACGCUCCAGCCUUGGGACCAACACACAAAAGCCACCCUCGCCGUGCCGCCCACCCCGGGAGGCUGCGGCCAGCCACCGACCCCACCUGAGGGUGCAGCGGGCUGCGGACUUGGCUUUCUGUCCGAGCUCCGCGUCCCACGCGGCACCCACCCCGCCGCCCAUGGCUCUGAUAAUGGAACCGGUGAGCAAAUGGUCUCCGAGUCAAGUAGUGGACUGGAUGAAAGGUCUUGAUGACUGUUUGCAGCAGUAUAUUAAGAACUUUGAGAGAGAGAAAAUCAGUGGAGACCAGCUGCUACGUAUUACACAUCAGGAGCUAGAAGAUCUGGGAGUCAGCCGUAUUGGCCAUCAGGAACUGAUCUUGGAGGCAGUUGACCUUCUGUGUGCACUGAAUUAUGGCCUAGAAACAGAAAAUCUAAAAACCCUUUCUCACAAGUUGAAUGCAUCUGCCAAAAAUCUACAGAACUUCAUCACAGGAAGGAGAAGGAGUGGCCAUUAUGAUGGGAGGACCAGCCGAAAAUUACCAAAUGACUUUUUGACCUCAGUUGUGGAUCUGAUUGGAGCAGCCAAGAGUCUUCUUGCUUGGUUGGACAGGUCACCAUUUGCUGCUGUGACAGACUAUUCAGUCACAAGAAAUAACGUCAUACAGCUUUGCUUGGAAUUAACAACAAUUGUGCAACAGGAUUGCACUGUAUAUGAAACUGAAAAUAAAAUUCUUCAUGUGUGUAAAACUCUCUCUGGGGUCUGUGACCACAUCAUAUCCCUGUCAUCAGAUCCUCUGGUUUCACAGUCUGCUCAUCUGGAAGUGAUUCAGCUGGCAAAUAUCAAACCAAGUGAAGGGCUGGGUAUGUAUAUUAAAUCCACAUAUGAUGGCCUCCAUGUAAUUACCGGAACCACAGAAAAUUCACCUGCAGAUCGGUGCAAGAAAAUCCAUGCUGGUGAUGAAGUGAUUCAAGUUAAUCAUCAGACUGUGGUGGGGUGGCAGUUGAAAAAUUUGGUGAAUGCACUACGAGAGGACCCGAGUGGUGUUAUCUUAACUUUGAAAAAGCGACCUCAGAGCAUGCUUACCUCAGCACCAGCUUUACUGAAAAAUAUGAGAUGGAAGCCCCUUGCUCUGCAGCCUCUUAUACCUAGAAGUCCCACAAGCAGCGUUGCCACGCCCUCCAGCACCAUCAGUACACCCACCAAAAGAGACAGUUCUGCUCUCCAGGAUCUCUACAUCCCCCCUCCUCCUGCAGAACCAUAUAUUCCCAGGGAUGAAAAAGGAAACCUUCCUUGUGAAGACCUCAGAGGGCAUAUGGUGGGCAAGCCAGUACAUAAGGGAUCUGAAUCCCCAAAUUCAUUUCUGGACCAGGAAUAUCGAAAGAGGUUUAACAUUGUUGAGGAAGAUACUGUCUUGUAUUGCUAUGAAUAUGAAAAGGGACGAUCAAGUAGUCAAGGAAGACGAGAAAGCACACCAACCUAUGGCAAGCUACGACCUAUAUCUAUGCCAGUCGAAUAUAAUUGGGUGGGGGACUAUGAAGAUCCAAAUAAGAUGAAGAGAGAUAGUAGAAGAGAAAACUCUCUACUUCGAUACAUGAGCAAUGAAAAAAUUGCUCAAGAAGAAUACAUGUUUCAGAGAAACAGCAAAAAAGACACAGGGAAGAAGUCAAAAAAGAAGGGUGAUAAGAGUAAUAGCCCAACUCACUACUCAUUGCUGCCUAGUUUGCAAAUGGAUGCAUUGAGACAAGACAUCAUGGGCACACCAGUGCCAGAAACCACACUAUACCAUACAUUUCAGCAGUCCUCUCUGCAGCACAAAUCAAAGAAGAAAAACAAAGGAGCUAUAGCAGGCAAGAGCAAAAGAAGAAUUUCUUGCAAGGAUCUUGGCCGUGGUGACUGUGAGGGAUGGCUUUGGAAAAAGAAAGAUGCAAAGAGCUAUUUUUCACAGAAAUGGAAGAAGUACUGGUUUGUCCUAAAGGAUGCAUCCCUAUACUGGUAUAUUAAUGAAGAGGAUGAAAAAGCAGAAGGAUUCAUCAGUUUGCCUGAAUUUAAAAUCGAUAGAGCUAGUGAAUGCCGCAAGAAAUAUGCAUUCAAAGCCUGCCAUCCUAAAAUCAAAAGCUUUUAUUUUGCUGCUGAACAUCUUGAUGACAUGAACAGGUGGCUUAAUAGAAUUAACAUGCUGACUGCAGGAUAUGCAGAAAGAGAGAGGAUUAAACAAGAACAAGAUUACUGGAGUGAAAGUGACAAAGAAGAAGCAGAUACUCCAUCAACACCAAAACAAGACAGCCCUCCACCCCCCUAUGACACAUACCCACGGCCUCCCUCCAUGAGUUGUGCCAGUCCUUAUGUGGAAGCAAAACACAGCCGGCUUUCCUCCACAGAGACCUCUCAGUCUCAGUCUUCACAUGAAGAGUUUCGCCAGGAAGUUACUGGGAGCAGUGCCGUGUCCCCCAUUCGCAAGACAGCCAGUCAGCGCCGCUCCUGGCAGGAUUUAAUUGAGACACCGCUGACAAGUUCAGGCUUACACUAUCUUCAGACUCUGCCUCUGGAAGAUUCUGUCUUCUCUGAUUCGGCGGCCAUCUCCCCUGAGCACAGGAGGCAGUCCACUCUUCCAACUCAGAAGUGCCACCUCCAGGAUCACUAUGGCCCAUACCCUUUAGCCGAGAGCGAGAGGAUGCAAGUGUUAAAUGGCAACGGGGGCAAGCCUCGAAGUUUUACUCUGCCUCGAGAUAGCGGGUUCAACCAUUGCUGUCUGAAUGCACCAGUUAGUGCCUGUGACCCACAAGAUGACAUACAGCCACCAGAAGUGGAGGAAGAAGAGGAGGAGGAAGAAGAGGAAGCAACAGGAGAAAACAUCGGAGAGAAAAAUGAAAACAGGGAAGAAAAAUUAGGAGACUCCUUGCAAGAUUUAUACAGAGCACUAGAGGAAGCCAGUCUGUCACCACUAGGAGAACAUCGCAUUUCAACCAAGAUGGAAUACAAACUAUCAUUCAUAAAACGGUGUAAUGAUCCUGUGAUGAAUGAGAAACUGCACAGGCUGAGAAUUCUUAAAAGCACUUUAAAGGCAAGAGAAGGGGAAGUAGCCAUUAUUGAUAAAGUCCUAGACAAUCCAGACUUAACUUCUAAAGAAUUCCAACAAUGGAAGCAGAUGUACCUCGACCUUUUCUUGGAUAUCUGUCAAAACACCACCUCAAAUGACCCACUAAGUAUUUCUUCUGAAGUAGAUGUUCUCACUUCCUCUCUAACACAUACUCACUCGUACAUUGAGACACAUGUGUAAGUGCAUUCCGCCUCGAGGCCACCUAGUACCUGCUGGUACUCUGAAUAAGUGCAUAAGGUAGUUUUUUUUUAUCAGUGUGUUGGAUACUUGACAAGCUAUACUUUAAUGUUACCAAACUAUAUGAAACAAAGCAUACAUGGUCACAUUACCACUGUCUUUAAAGAGCAUUUGUAUGUUUUAUAUGCAGUUAGUGCUCAGCUUAUGUUUACCAUGUGCAAAAUCAACUAUCUUUAAUGACUUAAAUUAACUUUUGCAGACAAUUCUGAAAACAGGUGAUCUUCAUGUAGAAAAGCCACAAAAAGGCAGUUUUCUAUCUGAGGUCAUCUCUUCUCCCUUUAAGUUAAUUUUAUAUAAAUGAGACUUCAACCGUAAAUCACAAUUUUUUCAGGUGCAGACAUUCUUGUGGGUGGGAAAGAAUUUAAACCUUUUUAUAUUUAUUAAAAUGUUCUAAGAAUUUUCUUAAACAUUGCACAAAGUUUAAUGCUGUAGUUUUAUUUUUAUGAAAUGUAGGUGCGUAUAAAAGAGUUAAGCAAACUAGAAGAGCAUGAACAUAAGAAAAGUUCAGGUCUAAUAUCUGUCUUAACAGUCUAUUAACUUGUGCUAACUGGUUAAUGGAAGUACUAUUCCAAAUCUAUGAGAACACUGCAUGGUGUAUCAGGGCAAAGCUUUGUAAGAUGUUUUUGUAACUAAGACCAAAAUUGAAGAUAGAGCUGCUUUAUUUUCUUGGUUUAAAUCUUCCUUUAUUUUUGUAGUGAUGAAAUGCUGAUUGUGUACAGAAGAAUUUAAGAAUGGAUUUUUUAAAACAGACUUAACUCACCCAGAAAGGCAGCUAACAGCUACACACACGCACACGCGUGCACACACACACACACACACACACACACACACACACACACACACACAAUUUCAGCCCAAACUCGUGGUUUUUGAACUCUUAACUCUUAAAAGACAAGGUAUACACUGAAAUGAGUCCAUUUUCCAGGCAGUUUCUAAUUUUCCCUUGGUCUGUAACUAAACUUCUGUAAUUAUACAUCAGGCAAGGUAGUAAAAUGCAUUUAGUUGUGGCAGAUAGCAGUUACAGUAGAGAAAACAAUGUUGCAAAAUGUAAAUGAAUUUCUCUACUAAGGAACCGAGGAUGGCAGUCAUUCAUGGAGUGAUUACAUUGAAUGGCCUGAGGUCAAGCACUUAGAGGGUUUUCCUAGAGUCCUGAACUGUUUAUAGAGUGGGUGGAGUCUAUGAAAAAAGUCCUCUUCACAUAUUGCCAUUUCUAUGUGUCUAGUUUUGGAAAGUGACCACAGCAUGAAAGUGACUUGCUGCUUUUUAGUGUGUGGCUGCAUAAUAUACAAGUCACAAUUUGCUGUUUUUUCAGGAGGAAAACACCCUCCUUUACUAUUCUAUAUCCUAAAAUCUACUUCUGGUCAGCUUUAUCCUGUUGCCUGUACAGCUCAGUGAAUGUAUUUACAUCUCUAAGAGUUCAGAUAUAUGCCAGUGAAUAUUUUUGCUGUAGAGAAGAAAGUAAAAACUACCCAGCGGGAUCUUUUUCUUUGCUUUUAAAAUCACAUUAAAUCACUAUCGUUUUGCAGACUUUGCACAACUGUACAGGAGAGUGGCCUUUCUACAGCACAUUUUCAGUAAUCCUAGAUUUAGUCAAAAUGGAUGAGAAACAUGCAUUAAUGUUUGUAUGGAAUUGUGGGUCCAGUGUAAUAUUUUUAUCAUUUAGAAAACCCUAUUUGUAAAAACAUUUAUUUACUGCAUGGUUAUUGACGCACAUUAAAUUUGUGGGAUUUUGUAUAUGUAAAAGAAAGAGCGAGAAAGAACAAACAAACAAACAAAACCCCCUCUUGUCAUAAAAUGAAGUGUGCUUGUUACAGUUGUUUAGGCAUAUUGAUGUUCUUCACUAGACCAGUGUGGUGUAUCUUCACUUAAAACUAUUUGUACAUGAUGGAUGUGUCACGUAUACAGUGGCAAACAGCCUGCACGCAACAGGCGGUUGGUGGGAAGACUAGCUCUGUUGCUAGUAAGCAGCUUCUACUUUUGUAAAGUCAGCUGUUGUUUUACUGGUAAAAAAUUAAACUAAUGAAUUUUAUAAGACUGGUGAGUUAUAAGACUAGCCUAGCAUGAAAGAGACCUUUUAACACUAUAUAUCUGUACAUUUUAUUGCAUUAGUUUCAAAUCUAGGAAAGAGGCAGCACUGUAAACUGAAGUCAAAUAAAUUCAGCUCUUAAUGAAUCCUUAUAAAGCACCUGCUUUAUUCAUGCAAAGGGCUUACCACAUUUCUCUGUAAACUAAUCAUACAGCCACCCUCACUACCACCACCCCAGUUACAAGUUCUCACUUUGCCACCUCACGGAUAGCACAAGCCAGAAGUAACACCUGUUCAGAGCUUACCAAGGUCUCCUCUGAAACCUUGAAACCUCAAGCUAUCUUCCCACUGACCUGACCUAACUUUAAAAACUUCA